AUGAGGUUGUCGCUCGAUGCCAUGCUGCAAGAUAGCCGCCGCAAACGGGCGGAAGAGAACCGCGCGCAGGCCAUUCUUGGCUCCCGUUCUCGCCAGCAGCUGCAGCCUCAGUCGCAGCACCCACCACGAAGCCUCAAUAGCAGCAUUGCCAGCCGCGCCGGCAUUCCGAGACGCACCGCAUCCGGCCCCCGCCCUCGCCCACCCCCAUCCAACAACACACGCUCCAACCGACCACGCGAGUCGCACUCGGACGACUACUACGAUGCUCCUCCCCGCGACCUGGUAGACACGCGCCCACCUCCACAGAGUCUGCCAGCCCGUCGCCCCGCCAAUCCUCCUGCCCACACCAAUGGCAAUGGCAAUGCUCGCCCCGCCCCUCGCAUUACGAACACCAACAGCUUCAACGUUCGUGGCGCUGCCAGCGAGCAGUACAUCGUCAUCGCCGAAAACUUCGCUCCGGGAACCACUGCUGCCGAUAUUGAGUCGGUCAUGAUUGAUGCAGGAGGCGAGGUCAACUACGUCAGACUCAUCAACGGCGACCCCGUCAUUGCCGAGAUGAGCUUUGUCAAACGCGAGGGCGCUGAGACUGUCAUUGACACGUUUGACGGCAAGAAGGCGGACGGCAUCCCUCUCACCGUCUACUGGCAGGGACAGCGUCCCACCAACAGAGACUCGUCCCCACCUGCGGUGGGCUUCGUCGUGGACACCGAGCCAAUCCCCGACGAUACCAUGGAGGUGGAUGAGCAGGCCCGCGAGCGUGAGGAGCAGAACCGUCUUCGCGAGGAGCGUCGUGGACCUGCUCCCAGAGACCCGGCCAACGACACACAGAGAGAUGGGCGCGAUCGCCCUCGUGGCGGCGGAGGAGGAUACCCAUCGGGUCCGAGUGCCGACCGCCGCUGCUACGGCGACAACCGUGGCAGCAGCUACAACGGCGGAGGACGUCGGUACGAUGGAGGUGGUGGUGGUGGUGGUGGAGGUGGAGGACGUCAGUACGCGUCGUCCAGAUACAACGGCCGCUCGUAG